UUUCCUGUUCCUUGCCCCACAAUCUGUGUUGUACCCCUCUAUGAUUCCGCAUAAUUUGUUGGUGAUUCGUUCAUAUUCUCGUGACUUGAGUGUUGUCCGCAUUGACUUUUCACCCACAGAGAUUGAGAGGCUGUCAAACAAGAUGCGUGAAAGGAGCUCUUGUGAAUCGGCUGGUCAGUUUUCCACGAUUUCGCAUCGUCAGGACAACCCGCGCCUGCGGCUUUGGAUUUUUGUCGUUUUUGUUGUUACAAGCACUCUAGUUUCCGGGGUUUCUUCCUCCUUUGCCUCGUGGGCGAGCGCAGCCACAACACGACCUCUGUCAGGUGUGGUUUUUCCAGCCAGUGUUCUGCUCCAGCAUCCAGUCAUUCGUGUAGGUGGCGGAACUACACGGGCAAUUUCGCAGUUUCAGCAGCCACCAGCUACGGCCAUCGUAGGAUCCCAGUUUCAGGCAGGAGCUCUGAGUCAUCCGGGCAAUCCUGCCACUCUCACUUCCACCCUUCUGCGAGGAGGCGAUGUCAACCGUCCAUCUGUUGUUCUUCUGCCUCCCAACGGACAGUUGCAAACAAGCAGCAAUGCCCCGUUGUACGUCCUUGCUUCGCCGGAGCCGUCUAACCGAGCAAGACGACCCGGCCUCACCCUUAAUCAGAGAAGUUUCUAUGAUAAUCCUCCUUUUUACCCGAAAGACUUGGUCACUCCUCAGUUCGAGGAGAGACUACCGAACUCGCAGACGGUCCAAGCGGGUGACCGGAUAGCCAAGGCAGGAAACACUGCCCAAGGCCACUCCAGCCGCAAAGAUCCAAUGCUCGAGUUACAUCCUGAUGAGGAGGCGCUGAGGCAACGAACCACCUACGACCCAAGCACCUUGAGUCAAGUGCAAGGGAACCCGGUAGUUAUCACUGAGCUGGGUAUGCCCACAGUCGCAGGAAGUUUGGAGAAAGGCUUCAGAAUAGAGCUGGGUAACACAGUGACAAAAGAAACCCAUCUCGGUGCACCCACCUCCCGCUCGGCUCCAUGGGGGGCAGGGAAUGCCAGAAUGAGUGAAGCAAAACCCACCCUUGCCAGUGACACGGACGGUCGCUACGCUUUGUAUGAUCGCGAGAGCUUCUGGAGUAUAAACGGCGAAACAUCUUCUUCACACUUACGGGAGAACAUUGCCUCUGAACCCAGCUUUAUAUCGGAUCAAACCGCCAUCGGCCCUGCUCAGGAGGUAGUUUGUCCGAUACGGUUCAUCGUCCCACAGCUCUGCUUUUCUGACCUGGAUUGCCCAAUCGCUGAACCUGACCAAGAGGGCAUAUACACGUGCUCGACCAUCUCACCACGUAUUGAAGGCGUCCCCGGUGUCUGCCGUUUGACUUGCGACGGCACUCCCAGUUUCCCGUGUCCCAUUGGCCAGACUUGCACCGUUUCGAUGGACGUUUCCGUCUGCGUCGAAUUCUGUCCGCCAGACGGGAACCCUCCCUGUGAUCGUGUUGCUUGUAGCGUUCUCCAGUUUUGUACACGGAACUGGUGUAGAACUCAGGGUGCGUUGCUGGAUCCCACACUUUGUGUGCCACCGUUUGACCAACACGAAGAAGAGUUCUUUUGCAUCGCCUAAUCGAUAGGAACGUAGC